AUGCUUCAAGGGAUUUUUUCAAAUAUUAAGGCUUCAAAUAAAUCGUCUCUUACCAAAAUAUUCAUACUUCGAGACAAACUUGAUAAUGAUGACGAUGAAAAGAUGUGGGCUGAAUUGCGAAGUCAAUUACCAAAAAUAGAUUCACAAACACUCACCAAAAUAGAAAACGAGAUAGGUCAAGGCAAUUCAAUUGAGAAUGUCUUAGCAGGACGCUUUUCUUUUAAGUAUGAUCCCCGGGCUGUCAAACAAUUUUCAAGCAUUUUCUCGACAAGUUCAUCCGCGAAGCCAUCAUUAACGCAACAAAUGGUAAUUUUAUAUCAAUCACUUAGUUUUAUUUGCAAUAUUUCAACAACUUUGACAAAUGAAAAUUUAUUUGAUUUAAUAUCAGCUUUAAACAAAGGAUUCCAUAGCAUUUAUGCAUCUAUAUUUACAUAUAUUUACAUUUAUACAAUUCAAACUGUUAUUAAUGCAGAUAAAUUAAAAUGGGCUAAAGCAACAGCAGAUGCAGCGUUAUCAACGUUCAUUUCAUCUAAACAUUUUACAGUCGAGUCAUUCGAUGUAUUUGUUUCUCUUGUCAAAUCAAUCCUUUCCAGUCAUCAAGAAAAUGAAACUAAAGAUGUCGUUUUUACAAUUCUUAUCAACCUCAUAACUACUCAGCGCAACAGAAUUGAAAACUCCAGCCUUCAAAGACUUGUCGAAAUCAUUGAAAAAUGGGUUUUAAACUACGAUAUUCUCGCAUUACGGUUAUUAUGGGCCAUUUCAACUACCCAUAGCGUAGAUACGAGUUUACUGAUGAAGUCUCUCAGUAUAUCUCUCAUCAGUCCCAUUAUUCCUAAAGCUCCAAAAUCUGAUGAUCCAAUUGUGACUGUAAACAUCGAUCACAUUGAUGCUUCACCGAGAACCAUCAAGUUCAAGAGCGAUUUCAAUGGCGAAAUACUACCACUUCCGUUUGAAUAUUAUAUAUCAGAUAAUAUCUUUGCCAUUUUAGACGAAAUCAUCGAUGUUCUUAAUACAGUUAAAGAGUCCAUGUCAUUGACCGACUCCACGACCAUUUUUGAAUUUUUAUCAUUUUUUGAUACAAAUGACGAAAUUAUUCCACUUCUUGUUCUGUUAUGGUUCCUGGGAAAGAUGAAUAGCAACAUAACGAACAUGUUUUUGGACAAAAUCAAAAAAUCAUAUUUAUUCAAAAUGGACGAAAGCGACAUUGGUCCAAUUCUGAUGAACAAGUUUGUUUCACAGAUGAGGACAUACGCAAUCCAUUUAUUCGCCAAGGAAAACUAUGAAAGCAUCAUGGCGAUCAUUAACAUCAACACUAAUUUUUUAGUUUUUGUUGAUGUUAUGACGAGAAUCAUCAUCAUUGAUCCGAAGAGGUUCAGGACAUAUGUCAAUACACAACUUUGUGAACAUUUAAGUAUCUUGUACAGAUUGAUAUCCAAUGCUCAGCUCCAAAAUCCAACAAACAGACAGUUACUUAUUGCUAGAUCUUUGAUUUUAUAUGACAUUUUCGAAUUAUCUAAGACAGGAAAUGCGAAAUUAUUACCUUUGUUGAUUGAAAUUGCUUAUGAACAAUCAUUGAUUAAUUUCGCAUCAUUGUCUAUUAUUAAUGCUUAUCCACAUUUAAAUGAAGAAUCUGUUUUAUUAAUAGGAAAAGCAAUGGAUGAAAAUCAAGAGUUUUCAAAGUGUUUGAUACAUCAUUUCUCUUCUUAUUUGAGAACAACGAAAUCUAAAGUAUUAAUCAAUCCUUUGAUUGAUCACAUCAUCCAGACUUUAGAUACAUUUUGCGAUGUUGAAAUAGUUUCAGAUGUAAUUGAUAUUUUACAUACAACAUCUAUUGAUUACAAAUUAUCUCCAAAACUGGCGGAUAUUAUGAUAAGAGCAAUAAGAUGUGUAAACAGAAAACACAUCUAUACGAAAGUGUUGACAUUGAAUACUAUGGAAUCUUUUGUUGGUCCAAUGCUGGCUUUGCAUCGACCAACUUUCAUUGUUUUGAUAUUGGCUGAUAAUUCACCAGAAACUCAGGAAUUGUUGAUGAAAUCUACUUCGGAAACACAAAAUGUUGUGAACAUGCAGGAGUCAAGGAUUGAUUCUAUGUUGGUUUCUUAUUUGGAUGGAAAUGGUCCGAUCUACGGAAACUACAAAUUGUUGAUUGAUUUGGAUGAAGAAUUUUGCAUUAAAUUGUUGUCAAAAAUCAUUUCAACUUCAACAACAAGAGAAGUUCUUUCUUACGCGUUGAGUGUACCGAAACUAAUGCCAAUGAUAGAGAACAUUGUGUUUAAUAACGCUACAUUCAUGCAGUGUCCUUUAUUCAUUGGAAGAACUCAUCAAUUAUCAUCUAAAAUUGAUAAUUCAGUUAUUUCCAAUGGAUUUGCAAUUUUGUUUUGGAUCCAUAUUGAUAGACAUAUUAUUAAAUCUUCUGAAGCUUUCGAGAAAUAUAUUAUAACAAUUGAUGAUAGAGUGACAAACAAGUUCUCUUUGAUGUUAAGAAUGGAAGCAUCAAGGAUAUUCUUGACUGUUGAAUCAUACAACAAAUUUAGAACAAGUAGAGUUGAUAUCGCAGAAUUUACGCGUCCUUUCGAUUCCAAUGACCAAAAAUGGACUUUGAUUUGCAUGAAUAUAACUAAUGAAAGCAGGGCAAGCGUUGACACAAUGAUUGCUGCAAGUUCAACAAUGCAGGAAAGACAUACAAAGGAUUUCGAUUCCAUUAAAAUGAAUCCAAAACCUUCAAUAGUUAUCGGUUCAACAGAAUUAACAAAUAUUGCAGGUUUAAUUGGUCCGGUGUCACUUUUUUCAAGAAAAGUGACAUCUCAAGAAUUUGAAUAUUUCUAUUACAAUCCAAGUCUUAUUCCUAGGGAUUGUUCUUUCACUACAGCUAGAUUCCACAUGAUAAUUGAUAAUAAUGAUGGAUUAAUUGCAUCGAAAGAGUUGAGUGAUUUCAUUAAAAACAAUAAUUUCAUUGAUUGUUUGUGUUCGAAGAAAAACGCCGAGUAUUUGAUAACAAACAAAAUAUACUCUAUAGCGAGAUUCAUCUUCGAAAGAAGCUCGAUAUUUACUUCGGAUAAUUUCGAUAUCCUCAAAACUCUCAAAGGACAAAAACACGAUUUUUGUUUGUAUUAUAAUUUGUUUUUGUUAGUUUCACCUCAUUUAAGAAGAGGUCAAUAUUUCAAACCAUUGCUUUUCUUGUUGAUUAAUCCUUUCAUAUGGAAAGAUUGUUUGAAAGAUGUUUCGAAACAUUGGGCAACUGUUUUAGUUACAAAUAUCUCUGAUUCUAUGUCUGAUGACAUUUUCUUCCAUACUAUUUCUAUUUUGGCUUCUGUUUUCUCGUCAAUUGAUGAUGUUUGCAAAGAAAAUAUUUAUGAGUUCAUUUCAAGACUCGCUCUUCAUGAUAUAACAGAAAGAAGUGCUCAAACAUUGGCCGCAAUUAUCUAUAAUUCAAGCGGAAAAAGAGCAAAAGCUUUCAUUUAUAUCUCGAGAAUUAUUGGAAAGAAACUCAAGAAUUUUCCAAAUAUUAUUAAUUUUGAUUUGUUCGAUAAGUUUUUGCAGGAUAAAGACAACAACCGCGAAAACAUCGAAAUAUUUGGAGAAACAAUUCUUGCUUUAUCUUCCAUUUUCGGUGCUGCUUUCCAUUCUUUCAUUCCAACACUUUUGAAGAGAUUUUCUGAGAAUAAUCAGAAUCAAAUACAAACAGAGAUAUAUAAGUAUCUCAUGAAUAACUUGGAAAAUGAACAGAACAUUUCGAUUUUCUUGAUUUGUUUGGAUUUCGGAAAUAUCGACGAAAUCACGAAAAAAGUCGAACCAUUUAAUAUCCAAACAGAAGGAGAUUGGUUUAGUAAUUUAGUUAUGUUGGCUUUGUCUUCGAAUGAAGAAAAGAUGAAUAAGAUAAUCAUAUUCCUUUCGCAGGUUGUGAAAUCAAUUUCGGAUUUAAGACACAUUUUCUAUUUGAUGGCAAAUAAUAAGACAGAAUCAGAAAUGGAUCCUGUUUUGAUGUUUGCAAAUAACAUUUUUGCUUUUGCAUCGACUGUUGGACAGUUUAAUGAGUUGUUCAUCUGGUGUGCGGCUACAACAUUCUUCCAUCCAAUGACGAAAGAGAAUUCGAGAGCUUUCGUUGAUGUAGUGAAUUCUUACGGCCACAAUUGUGUCAAAGGAGAAUUUUUGAAGUCAAAUUUGGUUUACGAAGUUUUCAAUGACGGAAAAUCAAUUUCUGAUAAAUCGAAAUUGGAUAUGGCUAUGGAUGCUGCUGCGAAGAUUCCUAAGGUUGAUGAUGACUUGUUUAAGAUGGCAACACACACUUUGAACUCAUUGAAGUUCAGAGCAAGUAAAGAUGUAGUUGAAUACAACGCAUCUGUCGAAAGAACUUUGGAAAACAUUUCGAAGUUGUAUAGUACAGAACAGAAAAUUUUGGAUUCGUUGAACAAUUUCAAAGUUUCACCAAUUAAUACUGAGAAAAAGACAGCUCUUGAAGAUAUUUACGCAAAAUCUACUGAAUAUGCAGCAGCUUUUUGCGAAAACUAUGAUACAUAA